UGGAAGUCCACCUCAAGCUCCAGGUAAGUGGCUCUGCUUUCUUAACUUCAGAUAUGUACUGCCACAUGCUCUCGCAUGAGUGUGUAGACAAGCGGGGGUCUGUGCGUUGUUGAGCCACGAGGCAUAGGCCCCCCCCGUCUCUCUCGCUCUCUCUCGCUUCGCCAGUUGCCGCCUACUACCCUCUGCUUCUCCUCUCCUCUCUCUCUCUUUCAUCAUGAUCGAAUCUCAACAACACGAUACUGAGCAACCUCAUACAGAAUCAUCUGAACCUGCUGGAAGGACAACUUCGGAGAAAGGGGAUCAACCCGUAGCUUCGCUGCUAUCUCGUAUAUCGGGUCUUUCAACAGGAGAUCCUCAGCCAGCUUCAUCAUCCUCGUCAUCACCAUCCGAUACUCCUCAUUCGCCUCCUCCAGCUUCUGCUUCUUCCGAAUCUCAAUCACGGCCACGGCCAAACACCUCCAGUGCGUUAUUUGGUAGAGCUCUUGCCGGUGUCAAAUCGGGUCGCGAGGGGGGAUCCGCCCCAUCAGCGUCAGCUAGUUCUACUACUACUACGCCAGCGGUAGCUACCAGCGCUCAGCCCAGUGCUUCAACGGGCGCGAAGAAGGAGACUAAAGAGCCUUCUGGCAAGGGAGAAUUACUACCUGAAGACAGUAAAGACAAGAAAGCUGGGAAGAUGGCUCAGGAUUUAAUGGAUGAGCCUAUAUCAUGGGGCUCGACAACACAUAGCAAGGCGCAAGAUAGGGCAGAUGACGGCUGGGGCAACACCAUGAAGAACGGCAACUCGAAUGGCAACGCGGCCAAUGGCCGAGAUAAUGAGCCAAUCGACGCCGGCAUGUCAGACACUGGCAGCGGACUCAUCUCGAACGAUUUUCAGGUUCAGGUCAAACUAGCCGAUCAACAAGCAGACCCUAAUAACCCGCUAUACAGUGUCAAACGCUUCGAAGACCUUCCAAUCCAUGAAAGCCUGAUGAAAGGAAUCUAUGCUGCUGGAUUCAAAAAGCCUUCGAAGAUUCAAGAGAAUGCCUUACCUAUGCUCCUCAACAACCCACCUCGUAACCUCAUCGGUCAGAGUCAGUCUGGUACUGGAAAGACUGCCGCAUUCACCCUCAACAUGCUCUCGAGAGUCGAUCCAAGCAUCAUGGCCCCUCAGGCAAUUUGCCUCGCCCCCUCUCGAGAACUCGCUCGCCAGAUCCAAGAAGUCGUCAACAAGAUAGGGGUAUUCACCGAGAUCAAGACCUUCCUCGCUGUGCCCGGAAGCUGGACCCGAGGCCAAAAAAUCGACAAACACAUCCUGAUCGGAACUCCCGGAACCCUCGUUGAUAUGCUCAGUAGACGAGGCACCAUUUUUGACCCGAAACACAUCCGAGUAUUCGUACUCGAUGAAGCCGAUGAGAUGGUCGCUAUGCAAGGCUUGGGUGACCAAACGAGUCGAAUUCAAAAAAUGCUACCCAGAGGAGUUCAGGUCGUUCUCUUUUCUGCUACUUUCCCUCCCGAUGUCCAAGAGUUUGCUCAGCGCUGUGCCCCUGAAGCAAACCAAAUUUUCCUCAAGAAAGAAGACGUCACCAUUGAUACAAUCAAGCAGCUUUGGCUCGAAUGUGAUGGCGAGAAUCAGAAAUAUGAAGCGCUCUCCGCGUUGUACGACAUCAUGUCGAUUGGACAAAGUAUUGUCUUCUGCAAGCGCAAAGACACUGCCGACAACAUUGCCAAUCGUCUGACUCAGGAGGGUCACUCCGUUGCGUCGCUCCACGGUGACAAGCAAACGGAUGAACGAGAUACCAUUCUCGAUGGAUUCCGAGAGGGCAAGACCAAGGUCCUCAUCACGACCAAUGUCAUCGCGAGAGGUAUCGACAUUCAACAGGUCAACAUGGUCGUCAACUAUGACGUGCCUGAUCUGGGCCCCGGUGGGAACUUUCGACCUGAUAUCGAGACGUAUAUUCAUCGAAUCGGUCGAACGGGUCGAUUCGGGCGCAAAGGUUGCUCUGUCAUCUUUGCGCAUGACGAUCGAUCGAAAGACGAAAUACAUGAGAUCAUGGCUCAGACUGGACGUCAAAUGAAGCGGAUCGACGCCAGAAGCACCACUGACUUGGAGCAACUUGAGAAGGCGCUAAAGCUGGCGAUGAAGGGUCCGCAGUAGAGGGGCACAUUAAUGCAUUCUGGAACGAGAUGCAGGUACUGAAGAAGGGAUACUUGUAGUAUGGUAGUAUUUUCAUAGUAUCGACAAACCAUCCAUUUUCUUUCAGAG